CCUAGUUUUCCUCAUCCUACUAUGCAUAUAUAUAUCUCCUCCUCUGUUCUCCAAUUUUUCUCAAUCUAAUCAACUAUUUUAUUCUGACUUUUCUUCCUCAGAUUCCCAUUAUCUUGUUAUCAGAUCGGUAACCGAGAAAACCCAGAAAAAAUAUCUUCAUAAACGACCCAUUUUCCCUUGAAUUUUCUCGAUGACGGAAAGUUUGAUGAACCAAAUUAGGAGACCAGAUGCAGUUGGGCAUGUUGAUAGGGUGAUUAAGAAGAACAGAUUCAAGAGAAAGGUGAGAAUUGCGCUGAAGAGGCCUAUGCCGAGGGUUUCGAUGACUCUGCAGAGAUUAUUUGAAUCGUGCCGAGAGGUUUUUAGAGGCCUUGGGACUGUUCCUUCUGCCCGUGAUGUGAAGAAAUUGUGCCAUAUUCUUGAUGGUAUGAAGCCAGAAGAUGUUGGGCUAAGUAUGAAUUUGCAAUUCUUUAAACCAAAGGAUGUGGCUGAAGGGAGCUCAAGAGUUACUUUCACAACCAUCUAUCAAUGUGAAAAUUUCUCGCUAUGCAUUUUCUUUCUUCCUGCAACUGCUGUCAUACCUCUCCACAACCAUCCAGAGAUGACUGUUUUCACCAAGCUUCUAUUAGGGACAAUGAACAUUAAAGCGUACGACUGGGUCGAUCCUCUCAAUUCCGAUAAUCUAGCUUCACCUUCGAGACCGAGACUGGCAAGAAUGAAAGCGAACAGAGAAUUCACUCCCCGAUGCAAUACUUCUGUACUAUAUCCCACUUCUGGAGGAAAUAUACACGAAUUCACAGCAGUAACACCAUGCGCCGUGCUUGAUGUUAUGGGACCUCCCUACUCUAAAGACGAUGGCCGCGAUUGCUCGUAUUACAGAGACACUCCAUGUGGUGGAGAUGGUUAUGGAUGGUUAGAGGAGAUUGAAAUGCCCAACGAAUCAGAAAUGGAUGGAAUUGAGUAUUUGGGGCCAAAAAUUAUCGACUUCACUACUUAGCUCUUUCGAUAUUGUAUUCCUUCUAAUAAAUUUCGUUGAUCUCCAGCCCAUAGCCGGCAGGAUAAUAAUUGUUCGCCACUAACGUGAUGUCGCCACAUCAAUGGUCAAGCCAUAUUUCUUUGACUUUUCAAAAGAAAAAAAGUUUGACUUGCUAAGGCGGCAUUGCCAAAUCCGCAGGUGAGCAUUAUAAAUCCUGCAUACCGUGGGCAGGAGAUCAUUUCUGAAUUUCCCUUUGUAAAUUGAUCAGUACCAGUAUUUACAUUUAAUAUGCAUCAUAUUUUGACAA